GGGCGAUAUUUAAACACCCCACCGGGCACAGCGCGCGCACUCACGAGCUCAGGAGCAAGACACAGCCCGUGCAUUAACGAGACGAGAUCUGUCUUAUAUCGGAGUUUAACACACAAGGACUACAGAAGAUGAAGUCUCCAAAGAUGAAGUCACAGAACAAAUCCUUUCUUGAGGACGUUGGCGAUCUGAACGCCGUGUUGUGUGAAUUCGACGCGGUCAUCGAGGACUUCUCGUCUCCUGUGGAGAAGCGACACUUCAGAUAUGAUGAGCACUUGAGAACCAUGAAGAGACGGAGCAGCGCGAGCGUCAGCGACAGCGGCAUCAGCGACGCCGAGAGUGCAGAGUCCUUGAGCAGUUUCAGCUUCAGUGAGGAGAAGCUCAACUCUCCCAGCGUCUUCUCCCCCUCAUCAAACAGUCCUUUGGUCACAUCUCCUAAACCUAAACUUGGAGACACUAAAGAGCUGGAGGACUUUAUUGCUGACCUUGACAAAACAUUAGCAAGCAUGUGAGUAAGAGACGGGAUGACUGGGGCCCACCACACUGUAGCUCCGCUGGGGGACGCCAGCCAGACCGCUCCUGAUAAACCUGAAUCACUGUGAAGAUGGAGAAGACAUGGUCAGGGUUUCACAUGCUGAACGACGCCGUUCGAGAAGGCUUGGUGCAUACUUACGCCCAAACAAAAACUCAAAUACAUAUGCGUAAGAAAGACUCUUUUGACAGGAAUGGCUUGAGCUGUAAGAUUAUUUAAAUCGCUUUUGUAUAGAAAUAUAUUUUUUGAUUUUAUAGAGUCGGUUCUUGUAAAUGUAUCUGUAAUACCAUUUUGUGAAUUUAUAUUUUUGUAUUUCAUAUAAAUAUUGUUUUAGACUCUGUCACCUUGCUAUAAGCCUCUUCUGCCACAUGGGAAUAAACGUAAUUCUUAAUUCAUUAGGAAAACUGGAAAAGCAAUAUGACAUGUAUUUAAUACAACUAAUGUCUUAAAGAGAUUCGAGAUGUUUCGUGGCAUUAUUUCAUUGUGUGUCUUAUAGCAUCAGAAGCUUUCUGCUUGUUUCUGCAGUAUUUUCUCUUUCAGGGUGGACAGAAGGUAUACUUUAAGACACCAAGGCCUGGUUUCACAUGCAGGGCUUAGACGAAGCCAGAAUUAGGCCGUAGUUCAAUUAGGAUAUUUUAAGUAAUUUUAAAAAACAUGCGUUAGAAAUAAAAUCCUGGUGUGCAUCUUGAGACAAAACAGAGGCACUGACAUAUUUUAAGAUCAAUCAGUAUGAGUUUAUUUCAGUUGUAACAACUCAGACUUACAUUUUAGUCUGGGACUAAGCGUAAGCCUUGUCUGUGAAUCCAGGGGUAAGAGUAAUUAAUUCAGGGCUGUGGGUCAGUUAUCUAAAGCUCUUGAGCAGUGUGUAUGAUUGACCCCACAGCAGGGGCUUGAGAGCGUGGGCAGUUGCUCUGGAGAAAAUGUGACACCUGGUCACCUCCUCAGCACUUCGUGUCCAAAUCUGUCUGAUCUGCUCAGUCACCAUGCAUUUAUAAUGUUAAAGAAGAAGCGAUCAUCUCUACAGUAUGUUCAUUUAUUAUUUGAUUGGACUGCUAAUUGUUAAACCACUAAAUGCCAAAUAACUAAAUAACUUAACAUGUUUGGAAUCAGAAACAAUGUUGUUUGUAUGAAGUCUCUUAUGCUCACUAAUGCUGCAUUUAUUUGAUCAGAAAUACAGUAAAACCUGUAAUAUUGUGAAAUAAUACAUUUGAAAAUCUAAUUUAUUCCUGCAAAUCAUCAUUGCUCCAGUCUUUAGUGUCACUGUAACAAAUAGACUUUUAGUUUGUUCCAGUGUUUUCUGUUUGACCUAGUUUCCAUGCUCCCUUGAUUAGUUCAUUCCGUUCACCUGUGAUGCUUUAAUUAUCUUGUUUGUGUCCCUAGUAUUUAAGCCCUGUGUUUUGGCCCUUGCUCCUCAGUUCUGCUGUUAAUGUUGAAUAUUUAUGUUGAUUUGUGUCCAUCUCCUGCCUGAAAGUUUAUUAAAGAACUCUCUUGUUGAUUUGUA